AUGAAAAGGGCCGGCCAGAAUGAGGGGGCAGCAACGAGGAAUGAAGGAAAUGGCGGGCAACAUGCACGGCAGGCGAAAGAAUCAAUUCCCCGUACUGCCCUGAUCCUCUACGGAUCAGAGACUGGCAACGCUCAAGAUGUAGCUGAAGAGAUUGGUCGAAUGACCGAAAGAUUGCGUUUUGAAACGACUGUCUUGGAUCUCGAUUCCAUCCAACUGCGAGAUGUCGUCCAACCGACAGUGGUCAUAUUCGCCCUGUCUACGACCGGUCAGGGUGAGAUGCCCCAGAAUGCCCGGAAGUUCUGGAAGACUUUGCUCAGCGGUGCGUUGAAGCCUGGGAUCCUUCGAAAGCUGCAUUUCUCCUCGUUCGGACUCGGUGACAGCUCAUACGCUCAUUAUAACGUGGCCCAUCGAAUGCUGCACGGACGGUUGGUACAGCUCGGCGCCGACUCUUUCUGCGAACGUGGUGAAGGCAACGAACAGCAUCCAGAGGGUCACAGUGCGGGUUUCAGGGAGUGGAUUGUCAAACUCAAGCAGAGGCUUGCAGAAGUUUUCCCGCUUGCAGACGGACUGGAGCCGCUUCCCGAUGACCUCUUUGUUGAGCCGAAGUGGAAGCUGGUGCUGUCUGAUAAGGAGACUAAUGGCGUGGCGGGACCAAGUAUUGCUGAUAGCCUUGGUGAAGUACCUUCUUCUGACUUGCUGCCUCUGAAGAAUUCGCACAAAGCCCACAUCGAACGCAACGAUCGUAUCACGGCCAAAGACCACUUCCAAGAUGUGAGGUUGCUUGAUCUUCGAGUGGAGGAAGACGUACCAUACGGACCCGGCGCUGUGGCAGUGAUUCAUCCCAAGAACUUCCCAGAAGACAUCGAAAGCUUCAUCAAGCUCAUGAACUGGGAAGAAAUAGCAGACAAACCACUGGACCUGGUGACAACCAUCUCACCGUCUGGCAAGAUUCAUUCUCCUUUAAUACCGUCUCCGCUUCGACAUCUCGACCUCACGAGCGUAAGCUUGACGUUAAGAUGGCUGCUGGAGAAUGUUCUCGACAUCAUGUCGAUACCUCGCAGGACAUUUUUCGCCGAGCUCGCACAUUUUGCAGGAGAGAGCAACGAAGACGAAGCUUACCAGAAGGAGAGACUCUUAGAGCUCGCAAACCCGGAACUCAUCGACGAGCUUUGGGACUACACAACUCGUCCCAAGCGAACGAUCCUCGAGGUCAUGAUGGACUUCACGACAAUCAAGAUACCCUGGGAGUACGCAUUGUCUGUACUGCCCAUCAUGCGAGGGCGACAGUUCAGCAUCGCAAGUGGUGGAGCACUUAAGCAGGAUGAACAAGGUCGAACACGAAUCCAGCUUCUGAUCGCCAUUGUCGAUCCACCCAGCCCGAUUAUCAAGUGGCGAAGGCGGUAUGGCGUCUGCACCAGAUACAUUACCAGCUUGCAAGAGCAUCAGCAUAUCAACAUCGGCAUCCAGCAAGGGUAUCUCGAUGUGCAGCCGACGGAGCUGCAAGUCCCAGUCAUCAUGAUCGGACCGGGUACUGGUUUGGCGCCUAUGAGGUCAAUGAUUCAUGAGCGAGUGCAAUGGGCUGGUCAACAGGGCGUAGCGGGGCGCAGUAAAGCUCUCGACGGCGAUGUCCUCUUCUUCGGCUGUCGAGCAGAGAAUGCCGACCACUUCUUCCACGAUGAAUGGGAGAGGCUUGGCACAAACGAAGGCCUGAGCGUGUUCACAGCAUUCUCGAGGGAUAAGAACAAGGCAAGACAGUACGUUCAGGAUCAAAUCCGUGCACAAGGAAGCGAUGUUUGCGAUGCUCUCCUGAACCAUGACGGAAAGGUGUACGUUUGCGGGUCCUCUGGCAAUAUGCCCAAAGGUGUAAGGCAAGCCAUUUUGGAUGCGAUCGUCGAGCAUUCCGGUGGUCUGAGUGCGGAGAAUGCAGAGGCGUAUCUGGGCCGGAUGGAGAAGGGAGGGAGGUACAAGCAGGAGACCUGGUAG